AUCCCAUAGCCAUCAAUACAAUCCUCAUAUAUAAUAUAGAAAGAACAACUCUCUUCAUUGCAAUCUGUUUCCUAACAACACUUCACUUUCUACAACCUCAAAUGGCUUUUGGAUUGACCAAAAGAAAGAUGGUGACGGUGCUGAGCAUCGAUGGAGGUGGCAUUAGAGGCAUCAUUCCCGGUACCCUCCUCGCUAAUCUUGAAUCAAAGCUUCAGGAACUUGAUGGACCUGGUGCGAGAAUUGCAGAUUAUUUCGACGUAAUUGCUGGGACUAGCACUGGUGGGCUUGUCACUACCAUGCUUGCAGCUCCCAACAAGAACAACCGCCCUAUGUAUGCUGCAAAGGACAUCAACAAUUUCUACUUACAACACACCCCCAAGAUCUUCCCUCAGACCAGUCGAAGGUGCUGCAUGGACACGGUGACACGUUUCAUUGGUGCGUUCUCAGGGCCAAAAUAUGAUGGGAAGUACCUAAGGUCAUUAACAAAGGAGCUACUAGGUGACCUUACUAUAAAGCAGACACUAACAAAUGUGGUCAUACCGGCUUUUGAUAUCAAGUACCUCCAGCCAGUUAUCUUCUCUACCAGUGAUGGAAAAAUGAAUGUUUCCAAGAAUGCUCUGCUAUCAGAUAUCUGCCUCAGCACCUCUGCAGCCCCUGCCUAUCUCCCAGCACACUACUUUGAGACCAAGGAUGCUGAUGGAAAGACGCGCACUUUUGAUCUCAUUGAUGGUGGAGUUGCUGCAAAUAAUCCUACUCUAAUGGCCAUAAGCCACAUUACAAAAGAAAUUAUAAUGGGCAAAAGGAUGCUAGUCCUUUCACUGGGCACCGGUGCAGCCAAGCGAGAAGAGAAGUACAGCGCAGCCACAGCCUCCCAGUGGGGAUCGCUCAAUUGGAUGUAUGACAAUGGUGCAAAACCAUUGCUUGACGUGUACGGCGACGCGAGCUCGGAUAUGGUUGAUAUCCAUGUCUCAACUCUCUUUCAAGCCUUGUAUGCUGAGAAGAACUACCUUCGCAUUCAGGAUGAUACGUUGACCGGUGACUUAGCCUCAGUCGAUAUUGCAACAAAGGAGAAUCUGGAAGGGCUUGUGAAAAUUGCAGAGAAGUUGUUAAAGAAGCCAGUUUCAAGGGUAAAUAUGGAAACUGGACAGUUUGAGACAGUUGAGGGAGAGGGUACUAAUGAAGAAGCUCUUGGGCGCUUUGCUAAGCAGCUUGCAGAUGAAAGAAAGCUUCGUACCACUUAAAUAUCAA